UUUGCAGCCUUUCUGUUCUGAUGACAGCUCUAAUGGGCCUUCUCGUCUCUUUUGAUAACUUGGAUGAAGUAUAUUUUGUGGGGCGACCGAAGACAGACUUCGAAUUUCGACAACUUACAGCGACGACAGUACUUCUGGCCCUCUGCACUUUUGUCAUUACUGCUUAUCUUAUUCUUUAUUUCAAGAGAAGUGCCCUAACAACUUCAAUGACAGCAAACAAUGCUGAAGAUAACUAUUCUAGCAAAGAAGUAUAUGAAAACUCAGUUUUUUACCUGGAAAGUGAGGACGUAAUAUCUCAGGAAGCCAUAAAAAAAAACCCCCGCUUAGAAGUUACACUGUCUACAAUGAAUGAGAAAGUUGAAACUGAUUUCUAUUAUAAUGACGUCAUUUGCAAGAGUGUAAAUGAAACAAAUUUACAACCUGAAAACGAGUGGAAAUUCAGAAUGUUCAGCCUCCUUUUACUACUAGGCAUAGUGAUGACUGUGAGGUUGCUUUCAAAUAUAUACAAAUUGGUAAGCAGCAAGGCUUUAGAAGUCCUGAUACCACUGGAAUUUCUACAAUCUAUGCUGUUCGUGGGACAGGGUUUAUUCACGUUUCUUAAUUUUGGGAUCGAUAUUCGCACUUUAUCAUUUGGACUGAUAAAACGUUGGAGAAAGAUAAAAAAUGGAAAAGAAGAGUUUGUCCCAGGAAAACAUGGACAAGUGUAUGACGUGAUGCACGUCGGACAGCAGUUCAUGAAGUAUUACUAUGAUCACUGUUUCCGAAAUCUUGCUAAAGAGAGGAGGUGGAAAGGAAAUGUUUACAAAGAUUGCUUUUGGGGUCACCAGUUGAUAAACUGGAUGAUAGAAGAAGGAAUUGCUAAAGAUGAUGAGGAAGCUGAAGAACUAGGACAGAAGUUAUUAAUCUGCGGUGUUAUUCGCCAUUACAAAGGAGUCCAUCACUUUUACGACGCUCCAUACCUCUAUUUCUUUGUACGAAAUAUCUCAGAAUCUUCAUCUUGAUAUUAAACUCUAUGAUAAUAUGAAACAAUAUCUACUUUAUCUGCGUGUUCUGCACUGUAAAUGGUUAUGUGUUAUAAAGCUUUCGCAUAAAAGUCUGGAA